CUAAAAGCUGGUAUAGUGACUCGGCGGAAGAGAGAGAAACCUAUUUGUUUUUGGUGUGUUUUUUUAUAGUGGACUGGUGGAAGCUUUUGAAUUAUAGCUGAAGCUGUACAAUCGCCAUGGAUGCACAGUCGCAGCAGCAGCAGCAGCAAGGCGGAGUGGUCAAGAAAAAGGAGACUCGUGGCCGGAAACCCAAGCCUAAGGAGGACAAGAAAGACGAACACCACCACCACUCCGCUAAGGCCAAGAAGUCUCAUCAACAACCCUCCGUCGACGACAAGUACACUCAGUGGAAGUCCGUCGUCCCUGUCCUCUACGACUGGCUCUCCAAUCACAACCUCGUCUGGCCUUCUCUCUCUUGCCGAUGGGGUCCUCAGCUUGAGCAAGCGACUUACAAGAAUCGUCAGCGUCUGUACCUUUCUGAACAGACUGAUGGUAGCGUUCCAAAUACUCUGGUGAUAGCAAACUGUGAAGUUGUUAAACCCAGGGUUGCAGCGGCCGAGCACAUAUCACAGUUUAAUGAAGAAGCGCGUUCGCCAUUUGUAAAGAAGUACAAAACCAUCAUUCAUCCCGGAGAGGUGAACAGAAUUAGGGAACUUCCGCAGAACACUAAGAUAAUAGCUACACACACUGACAGUCCUGAUGUUUUUAUUUGGGAUGUUGAAGCACAACCUAACCGCCAUGCUGUAUUCGGUGCUACAAACUCUCGUCCAGAUUUGAUUUUAACUGGACAUCAAGAUAAUGCUGAAUUCGCCCUUGCAAUGUGUCCAACUGAGCCGUAUGUUCUCUCUGGAGGUAAAGACAAGUCUGUUGUGUUGUGGAGUAUUCAAGACCAUAUAUCAACUGCAGCCACAGGAUCUGGUGGAUCAAUUAUUAAAAACACCAAGCCUGGGGAAGGUAGUGAAAAAGCUGUUGAUGGCCCCAUUGUUGCACCGCGAGGAAUUUACUAUGGCCAUGAGGAUACUGUUGAAGAUGUGACUUUCUGUCCAUCUAGCUCACAGGAGUUCUGUAGUGUUGGUGAUGAUUCUUGCCUCAUAUUAUGGGAUGCGCGAACUGGCUCUAGUCCUGCUGUGAAGGUUGAGAAAGCACAUGAUGCUGAUCUUCACUGUGUUGAUUGGAGUCCCCAUGAUGAUAAUCUUAUUCUAACAGGAUCAGCGGAUAAUUCCGUACGCAUGUUUGAUCGGCGGAAUCUAACUUCAGGUGGACUUGGAGCACCUAUUCAUAAAUUUGAGGGUCACAAAGCUGCUGUUCUUUGUGUACAGUGGUCUCCGGAUAGAUCAUCUGUUUUUGGAAGUUCUGCAGAGGACGGUCUCUUGAACAUUUGGGAUUAUGAGAAGGUUGGGAAGAAGGUUGAGCGAGCGCCAAAGAAUCCAUCUUCUCCUCCGGGGUUGUUUUUUCAGCAUGCAGGGCACAGGGACAAAAUCGUUGAUUUUCACUGGAAUGCAUCUGAUCCAUGGACUAUUGUUAGUGUGUCUGAUGACUGUGAUACCACUGGUGGAGGAGGAACAUUACAGAUAUGGCGAAUGAGUGAUCUCAUCUACAGGCCAGAAGAAGAAGUUUUGGCUGAGCUCGAGAAGUUCAAGUCCCAUGUUGUUUCAUGCACUUCGAAGGCUUGAGAUUGACAGCAUUGUUGUAUCGUAACAGAGACCGAGUUGAGAGCAGAGAGCUUUUUAUGAAUUUGUUCUGAUGCAUUUAACUAAAUACUACUAUUUAUAGAGGCAGGGAAAAUCUUUUUUAGGUGCGAUGUCAUAUAUAAUUUAGCUUGUUAAGAUUGGGGGAGAUUAAUUUUCCACCUUUGAGAGCUUAGUAGUUUUAGAUGUAUGGACCAACAAAGAUCAGGUUCUGUUCGACAUUUUGUUUGGAGAUUCAUCCUCAGUUUGCAUGGGCUGAACUACUGACCAUAUUUGUCAAGGAUGUUGUUUCAAUAUGUAUGAAGAAGCCUUUCUCGUCGUCGUUAAAGAAA